CCCUGGGCCCGCCCUGCCCGGAAGGCGGAAGUGCGGGGACUUCCGGUCGGUGGGAUGCUGCGGCGUGUUCGUUUCUGAGCUUCUUAGGUAAAACAUGGCUAAAAGCUUACGGAGUAAGUGGAAAAGGAAGAUGCGUGCUGAAAAGAGAAAAAAGAAUGCUCCAAAGGAGCUCAGCAGACUUAAAAGUAUUCUCAGAGUAGACAGUGAUGUUUUAAUGAAAGAUGUUCAAGAGAUAGCAACUGUGGUGGUACCCAAACAUUAUCAAGAGAAAAUGCAGUAUGUGGUGAAUGAUGAGAAAGAUGACAUGAAAAUGGAGACUGAUAUUAAAAGAAACAAAAAGACUCUUCUAGACCAGCAUGGACAGUACCCAGUAUGGAUGAACCAGAGGCAAAGAAAAAGGCUGAAGGCAAAGAGAGAGAAAAGAAAGGGGAAAAGCAAAGCAAAGGCAAUGAAAGCAGCAAAGGGUUUGGCCUGGUAGACUCUUAAAAACUUGGAAAGUGUGAUGUGGGACAGAUGUUUGAUGAGAAUGUAUACAUUGAUUUCAGCUCCCACCAAGAAAAACUUGGCCUGUUUUCUUCAGUUUAAACCCAACAAUAACUCUUGAAGUUUAUUUUGGGAACUUUGAAUAAAAUAUUUUCUUUGGAUGAAAGCUAUACUCAUGUUUUAGUUGAAUGCUGCUCAGUGUCCAGGUGUUAUCAGACAUCCAAAUUCUGUCAGGUAUUAAUGUGGUUGUGAUUGUUUGUUCUUACAGCUUGUUAAUUAUGGUAAAGAUAAAACAAAUGAUAUUAUACUGACAAAUAAAGAAUGAACACAGAUUUAAAGAAAGCUAUUAUGUAUUCGUAUCACCUAAAAACAUAACAGUAGGUCUUAUAAACAGUUACUUGUUUGGAGUUUUGAUUUUGUAUGAUUCAAAGUAAAAGAUAUUUUGUGUGUAGA